AUGGAGGCUUCUCUAGCGGCUUUGGAGCGGCCACGCGGUGCUGCUUCUAAUACGGUUUUUAAGAGCGGUCCACUUUUCAUAUCCUCAAAAGGAUUGGGCUGGACGUCUUGGAAGAAACGCUGGUUCAUCCUCACACGUACUUCUUUGGUCUUCUUCAAAAAUGACCCUGGUACACUACCACAAAAGGGAGGUGAAGUUAACUUAACUCUUGGUGGCAUCGACUUGAAUAACUCCGGAAGUGUCGUGGUGAGAGAGGAUAAAAAAUUGUUGACCGUAUUAUUUCCUGAUGGGCGUGAUGGGAGAGCUUUCACUCUUAAGGCUGAGACAAAUGAAGAUUUGUACGACUGGAAAACUGCUCUUGAGCAGGCUCUUGCACACGCCCCUAAUGCAGCACUCGUCAUGGGUCAUAAUGGAAUAUUCCGUGCUGACAAUAACGAGGCUAUCGAAGGGCGGGAUAAGCGUCCAUUAAAAUCCUUGGUUGUUGGAAGACCAAUCUUACUUGCUCUUGAAGAUAUUGAUGGAAGCCCAUCAUUCCUUGAGAAAGCUCUUCAGUUCAUUGAGAAGUAUGGAACUAAAAUUGAAGGAAUAUUAAGACAGUCUGCUGAUGUGGAGGAGGUGGAACGUAGAGUUCAAGAAUAUGAACAGGGCAAAACGGAGUUCACUUUUGAUGAAGAUCCACAUGUUAUUGGAGACUGCAUUAAGCAUGUAUUGAGGGAGUUGCCUUCUUCCCCGGUUUCUGCAUCUUGUUGUACUGCCCUGCUGGAAGCUUACAGAAUCGAGUCUAAGGAGGCUCGUAUUAGUUCAUUGCGCUCUGCUAUGGCGGAAACAUUUCCUGAACCUAAUAGACGUCUACUACAACGGAUUCUGAAAAUGAUGCAUACUAUCUCGUCUCACUCCCACGAAAAUCGAAUGCACCCAUCUGCUGUAGCUGCUUGCAUGGCUCCCUUGCUCUUACGUCCUUUACUGGCUGGCGAAUGUGAUCUAGAGGACGAUUUUGAUAGCGGCGAAGACAAUUCUGCUCAGCUUCUUGCUGCUGCUAAUGCUGCCAACAAUGCUCAAGCCAUCAUUACUAUUCUCCUGGAGGAUUAUGGAAGUAUUUUCGAUGAAGAAAGCAUUCAAAGAUGUUCCAUUUCGACUGAAUCACAUAUUGGAAAUAGCGGGCCUGAUGAUUCUAGUGAUGAUGACAACAACCCGAAAAAUGUAUAUCAUAAUGCAGAGAAUGAAGUUGAACCAGUGACAGAUGAUGACAAUGAGCGUGCACUGAGUGGAAAAAUGAGCGAGAGCAGUGGUUGCACAGGGAGCGAUCUCUAUGAAUACAAGGGAUUUGUUGCUGAUGACUCUGAUAUCGAAUCACCGAGAGAGACAAAUGGUGCAGUACGUAAUACAAACGUACGGACAGAUUUUCUUGGGAGAAAUCCCUUUGACAACUCCACGGAUCAACAAGCUAGAGAGCUUUUAGUCGAGUCUCCAACAAAAUACAGAGAAAACUCAGGUCUCGAAACUGUUGGCGAGUCUCGUCAAUCAUCAGGGAAGGUUCUAAAUGCACUCACUAAUGGGAAUACUUUGGCUGCUUCUGGUCUUGAAUCUUCAAGUGAGAAAUCCGUAAAUAAGGGCACACCCUCCUCUGUUCAUACAAAGCGCGCAACAUUCUGGGGCCGAGGCAGUGCCAGAAAGAUAUCCACAGAUGGAUCUUUUGAUUCUUCAGGAGAAGACGAGCUUGCUAUACAAAGGCUCGAGACCACGAAAAAUGAACUGCGACAACGAAUUGCAAAGGAGGCCAGAGGUAAUGCGAUAUUACAGGCUAGCUUGGAGAGAAGGAAGCAAGCACUGCAUGAACGUCGUUUGUCGCUUGAACAAGAUGUGUCAAGAUUACAAGAGCAACUGCAAGCCGAAAGAGAUCUCCGAGCUGCACUGGAGGUUGGGUUAAGCAUGUCUUCUGGACAAUUCAGCUCACAUGGUGUGGAUUCGAAAACAAGGGCUGAGCUUGAGGAAAUUGCUCUUGCCGAGGCUGAUGUGGCCAGGCUGAAGCAGAAAGUUGCAGAACUUCACCAUCAGCUUAACCAGCAACGUCAGACUAACUUUGGUUCCUUCUCAGACGCGCGUGAUAAUCAUCAGUACCUCCAGAAUCACACUCCUCAAAAAAGAUUUCUUCAGCAAGAUUUUGAUUCCACUCUUGCUUAUGUAAAUCAUGAAAGAAAACAAAGACACGAGGAGAAUGUGCUGGGAGCAGAGUGGAGAAAUAGCAAAGGAGCAGGAUCUUGUGGUGUUGGCAAUAUCAGGCAACCAUCUCGUAAACAAAUACCAGAAUCAACGAACAUGAUUGACUCUAAAAUCAGUGAAGACUCUGGAAAGAUGUCUGUGGACAAGUUCUCAUCCAUAGAUUCCCCAUCUGCUCCGUCGACUUCAAGAGCUUUAGAUAUAACAGAGUACCCAAGGCUGAAUCAUCCGUCAGCGGCUGCAUCAGCAGCUCUGGUAGAGUUGACAACUCGUCUUGAUUUCUUCAAGGAAAGACGUUCGCAGCUCAUGGAGCAGCUCCAGAACCUCGACCUUAACUACGGUUCGUCUUCUCAAGAUUUCAUACACAGGCCAUCUUCUCCACCUUGGAACUAA